UGAUAUUUUUAUAUUUCAGUUAUAAUACAAGAUGAAAGAUCCCAAAAGAUGUAUAACGUGGUGGGCAAUUUUCCAUUAGUCGGCGCCUGGUGGAAAGUUCAUGUUAAAGUUAAAUGCGUGCAAUCGAAGUAUUUUGUGCAAGGAUAUCCAUCCUACUUCCUACGAACUGAUAUAAGGGAAAACCAAAAUGCAGUUUUUUCACUCUUUUUUAACGAGUGUGGUGUUCCUGAUUCUUUCAUAAAAGAAUUUAUGAGUUUUCCUCAGAGACCUGUCCUGAAUUUCAGAAACCUUGAAGAAAAAUUAAAUCAGUUUCAAGAGUCAAAAUUAAAUCUUCAGAAAGGGAACAAAUCAAUGAAAACCAAAGAUUUUGAUAUUUUUUAUUAUAUUAUGCAGUCAUUUACAGGAAAGACUGCUUUGGUAGCUUUGAAUUUCCCAAUGAUAAUGGAGUUCCUGCCAAGACUUCUGCCAUAUCAUUUUUGCAAUAUCAUAAAGGGUGUGAGCUGGGUUAGAGUGACAAAACAGAACAGCAAAACUGAUGAAAAAGCUUUUCCUCAAAAUGAGAUACUACCAAAAUUAGAUGAGAUGUUAAAAAAAGAACCAUGGAAACUUGGAUUCAGCAGGAUCACCUACAGAGAAUUGAACGUUUCCAAUUGUGAGGCAACUUGGACAGCCUUCUGUCAGUGUGAACAUCUCCUCUCGAAGAUUCCUGAAUUGCAGAAGAAUGCAUUAAUAAUAUACAAUAAACUCAAGCAAAAAUGUAGAGAAAUGGGACACACCUAUGAAGAACAAGACAUUUUGGACUCUCUGGUUUUUGAAGAUAUGCCCAUUGAGCAUGCCUGGGAGUCCUUGAAAUUUUUGAAAGAUGAGAUGAUAGUGAUUGGUGAGAAGAAACUGGUAUUUCUUUCUCACCUUUACAAAUCUGAAAAAAACAUUGCACUUUCUGUAAAUCAUCUAAUGACAAAUGACCCAUGGCAGUUAUGUGUUAAUGCAAGAGAAGUACUUAAUGUUAGAUAUGCUAACAAAUCAAAAGCAAAUGGAGAUAUUAACAUAAACAAUAACCAGCUUUAUGAAACAGAGCAAGUGUUAAACCCAGACAUACAAAACUCCUCAGAUAUACAAAACAUUGGUGACAGUGAUUUUCUUUAUAAUGAAAAAGUAUCAGAUAUAGAAACUACAAGUGAAGCAGAAGUGGACCCAGAUCAGUUGAAAGCUAUGGAAAUGAUUUGUUCUAAUCCAGUGACAAUCAUCAGUGGAAAAGGGGGUUGUGGGAAGACUACUAUAGUUUGUUGCCUUUUUCAGUAUUUAAAGCAGUUGGAAAAAGAAGUGGUAAGGGCUUGUAAUGAUUUUGAAAAGGACCUGGAUGCAUCUUCUGAAUGGAGUACUUCUCAUCAUUUUUGCCCAGAGGAUAUUUGCCCAAGAAACCCUUUAAAUGUUUUACUUACUGCACCUACAGGAAAGGCAGCUAGUCUCCUGAAUGAGAAAACUGAGCUUCCUGCCUAUACUCUCCAUCAGGUCAUCUACAGUUUUUAUUCAUGGAUGUUAAGAGAUGGACCAACACCAUGGAAGUUUUCUAAUGUGACAGUUUUGGUUGUGGAUGAAGGGAGCUUAGUAUCUGUACAAAAGCUCAGUUCAGUUUUAAAAUUGCUGUGUGACCAUGCUCAGCUUGCCAAGCUCAUUAUUCUUGGUGAUAUUAGACAGUUACCCAGCAUUGACCCUGGCAAUAUGCUCGCUGAUAUUUUUGAGGCUCUAAAAUCUAGAGGCUUGUCUGUGGAACUAAGAACUAAUCAUAGAGCUGAAUCUCAGCUAAUUGUGGAUAAUGCCACAAGAAUCUCUCAGCGAAAAUUCCCAGUAUUUGAUUCGGUACACAAAGUCUGUGAUUGGAAUGAAAAGUUGAUCAUGCCAGGCCCUGAGAAAAAAUUUAUUUUCAUUGUUUUGCCUUCUGGAGACAAUGGUCAAUACUUGCAAUCUGCCAUAAAAACUUUACUUGAAAAAGGACCAGGACUGCAAGAUGCCAAAGAAUCACAGUUCAUUGCUUUCAGAAGGCAAGAUUGUGAUCUAAUAAAUGAGCUCUGCUGUCUGCACUAUUCAAAACAUUCAAUCAGAAAUCCUAAAAAUCGCCUGUCGUUCCAAUGUGAUGACAAAAUUUGUUCCACGAGGAAUGCCUAUCUCAAGGACCUUCUUCCAGAAAAUAACACUGAUUGCACAAGGAAUAGUGACUCUUCGACUCCAGAUCAAUGUGUAUGCAGGGGGUGUUGUAGAAGAAAAGCCUUUCUCAGUGGAGAAAAGCUACCCAGUGAUUUUGGGGGCAGCGUUGAGGAUGACAGACGACUCUGCAAUGGAGAAAUAUUUUUCAUAAUAGAUGAUGUGGAAGUUGACAGAUGUCGUUUAUUAACCAUCAGCAGCACAUAUGGUUCCGAAUACACUGUGAGGUAUAAGGCGCUGAGGAGAGAGUGUCAUAUAAAGCAUGCAUGGGCCAGAACUAUUCACACUUUUCAGGGUUCAGAGGAAAAAACAGUUGUCUAUGUAGUCGGGAAUGCAGGCCGACAGCACUGGCAGCAUGUUUACACAGCUGUGACUCGAGGCCGCUGUCGGGUCUAUAUUGUGGCUGAGCAGCCUCAACUCAGGAAGGCAGUUACUACGAAGAGCUUUCCCAGAAAAACUCGCUUACAACAACGUUUGAGAGAGGUCUUUGCAUUCAGUGACUCUACUGAACAAAUGUCCUCUCAACUACAGGAUUGUUGGCAAAGUCAAGGACGUGCUCCUCAACCUGGUCCUAUUUCAGUAGCUCAGGAUAUUCCCCUCUCUUCUUUAGCUGUUGAAGACGACUUCACUGAAGCAGAAGAACCUGCAAUUCUUCAAAAUGUACAAACUAACAAUGAACAGUGCAGUACUGGUGAACUGGCCAGUGCAGGCGGUGAAACUCCCCUUAAAUCAAGUGGAUGUAAAAGACAAAGCAGUUUUACGGAUAGUUUUGAAAGUCCUUCAAAAGUUACCAUGGUAAAUCCAGAAGAUUCGCCCCUUGGGUCAGUCAGACUUCAGAAUCUGACUUUGAAGUGCCCAACUCCCAAGCAGCUUUUUGGACCUUAACAAUCACGUACAUUAAUAUGACACUUAAAUAUGUAAUACAACUCCAAAUAAGGAACAGAGAAAUAAAAUAUGCAGGGAUUGGUCUUACUCCCUAAAUAUUUCGCAAUAUUUUAGGAGCAUCAUGUUUUUAAUGUGAACUUUUUAUAUUCAGAAUUUAACUCUUUUAGUAAAAUAUAUGGUCUACUUUUUCUUGAAGAUUUACGUGUCUAUGUGCUUUUUAUUACAGCCAAACAAAUAUAUUUUUAAAUAAACAUUUUGAGGCCUUACAGAUCUGUUCAGAAGGUAAUUUCUUGGUCUAUGGGUUUUUGAAUACCAUGUAUAUUGUUGAUACAACACAUGUAAUAUGGUUUGAUUGUGGCAGACAGUUAACACCCAUGUUAAUAAAUGCAUUUUGACUAGACUU